AUGCCGAGGAAGAUUCAUUUGACAUGGAACAUGUCCAGGAAGGAUGCAAAUACCGAUGGUUUAAGAAAGCUGGCUAAAAAACCUAGGGCUCGGCACGAGAAAAUGUUGUCAAGUAAGCUUAUUCUUACACUGCUCCUCGUACUCGCUCUAGUUUAUUCAACAUCAGCCCAAUGGGGAUGGGGCUGGGGAAUGGGAAUGUAUCGCCCAUGGGGUAUGGGUUACGGUAUGUGGCCUGGCAUGUAUGGAAUGGGAAUGUAUCGACCGUGGGGAAUGGGAAUGUGGGGCAAGAAGUGAAGCUACUAUCCGACGUGAUGUACAUACAAGCUGUCUUCGACACGAAUGCUCAGCAUUUAUCUGUAGUUAUCGCUUUACGUUUGUGUUUUUGUAUUUUAUGAUGCAAUAAACU